UCAAAUCACUGAUAUCCUUCAAAAAAAUAAUAACACAAAAGUUAACCUAAUUUAUUAUUCAAAACAAAUCUAUUGCGUGCUAAAUUCUAAGUCAACUAAUUUAAUUAAACAAAAAACUUGUAUAGUGACUCAAAUGUGUUCGAAUUAAAUCAUUUAAAGUGUUUCAUCGAGUUACAAAGAUGAAAAAACUCAAACAGAGCAUUUUUACUAAGAAAUUUAAUAACAUUGAUUCUGAUGAUAAUUGCGACGACAUCCUUUGGUCAUCCAGUGAGUCAAGUGAUUGUGAAAAUAAACACAUCUUAAAUAAUUCAUUUACCAACAUUCGGAGAAGAAAAAGGAAAAAGAAGGUAAACCAAAAUGUAUCCAACUUAGAUAUCAUAGAAGUUUCAAACAAUAAAGUUACUGAUCAAACGACCAAUGAAUUAUACUCAGAAAAUCGUAUCAUAGAAUCAUCACCAGUAUUAAUUUGUAAAAGUAACAAGAAAUAUCCAGAAAGUCCAAUUUUAAAAUCACGUCUAAAAACGUUCAAAAACGAAGUUAACAUACCUACUUCACCAAUAUUAUCAUCGAAACAACAAAAUUGUGGGAAAGUAUUAAGCCCUAUAUUAGAACCAAAGAAAUCACCUCAAACAGCUCCUAGUGUUAAAAAGAAAUUGUUUAUCGAAAACAAUAAUGUUCUAAAAUUAAUUAAUCAACAUAAAAUUACUGGCAAUGAAGUAAAAGCAAAAAACAAUACAAAUAUAUCGAAAUUAAAUAUAGAAAAUAUCUCAGAUGUAGAGGUUUUUGGAACAAAUCAAUCUUACAAUACAACAAAAACAAAAAUUAAUUUAAUAAAAAAAGUACAAACAUAUUUUGACAGUAAUUUCAGUUCGCAAAGUCUAUCACAACAGUCAAUAAGUGAGUGUGAGUCCACACCUCAAAAUAUAUCCAAAUCCUGCGAAGAUCUAGAAAUAGCUAAUAUAAUAACCCAAGCAAAGGAUAUCCAAACAAAUCAACAAAACAGUUUUCAAUCAAGUUGUGAGAAUAUUGAAAAAACAAAGAAGAAAUACAAAAAAGAUGGACUGGCAUACAGACUGGCUGGUUUAUUAAAAAAACAAAACUCAAAUAUUAGUCUAUGGCAGCAUGAGAAGUUCCUGGCUACAAAUUCAAAUUUUGUAAUACCAACAUGUGAAAACUGGGUGUUCCGAAUUCAAAAUGUACAAUUCAAAUAUGGCUGUUAUUUAAUUGAGGCAAAAGAUUUAAAAGAUGGGGAAUAUCUAAUUGUAAUUAAUUUAAUAAGCAUAAAUAGUAAUUUUAUAGCUCCUAAUUUUGUUAUUAAACUGUAUAAGCCAUACAAUUUAUUAGAAAUAGAUAAUUUUAGAGUUAUUGUUAAUGUUUGUAAGUUUGAAUGCCUUUCAAUGUAA